AUGACUCUGCUUUGACACCCCAUGCUCCUUUUGCAAACUUGGAUUGGGACCUUGGUGAUGAAGUUGAAACCGGCGGUGUAGACAUGAUGGCCCUCGAAGAAGCUACUAUGAAAGAAGUGAGGAAGAGAAAGAGGUUGCCAUCAAAGUACAUUUGCAGCCCAUUCAUAGCUCCCGCCGCAAAGAGGCCUAAGGUGUUCAUGCCAUUGCACAAUGAUGGAAAACACUGGGUGCUGUCUGAAAUUGACCUUGUCAAUAGAAUCGUACGGGUAUACGAUUCUAUGAAGACCCGUAGGUUAGUUGGAUCUGUGAGGCUGUUGUGUUUGAGACUUCCACACCUGUUUCGAGUCAUAAAAUGCAACCCUGCUCUAAGCGCCACAGCAAAUUCAAAGCCUUGGAAAGCGGAGGCAGUGGACGAUGUUCCACAACAGCACCCCGGGUCCGGUGUUUGCGGCGUCAUGGUUAUGGCCUUUGCCGAAGCACUGUUGCAGAAGUUGCCAUUGCUGCCCGAGUGUGCGUAUGAGAACAUGGCGGCGAAAAGAUGUGAAUUCGCAAUGAGGUUGUGGAGUUUGAGGAAGCGAUCGAUUUAGACAUAAUUAUUGGAGGAUGUGUUUGGGUGUACAACAUUUAUUUGACAUUACUGUAUACAUAUUAUUAUGCUCAAUUUUUGGCUGCAUGAAUUUGGUUGUUAAAUGUAGGAGGUUGUACAGUGUUACACUAUCAAUGUUGUACAAUGUCCUAGAAUGUACUCCCAAGGAUCACUAGAAUUGGUGGCAUACACUUACUUUUGGUUUUUGUGGCA